ACGCAGCAAGACGAGGAAGUUUUGAUGGUUCGGACGGGAAGAUAAACACAACCAUCGUCAUCUUCGCUGAGCAGUACUGGUAGAGGUGGUGGGGCCUCGGGCCGUGCAGCCGACAUGCUACGAGGUCUGGGCAGCUGGCUGGGCCUGGACCCCGAGCCGGACAUGCAGUCAGCUGAGGAGAAGGACGCACAGAGUCCAGCCGAGGAGGCAGUGGUGACUGAGCAGCGGGGGGAAGACAAGAAGGUCUAUGAGGCUGAGCAGGAGAAGGAGAAGGCACCUGAGGAGGUGGAGGAGGGAGAGUCACCCGAGGAUGUACUUCUUAAGCAAGCCAAAGGCUUCGGCAGUUAUCUCCUGAAUUUUGCUUCAGUUGCUUCAAAAAAGAUAUCUGAAUCAGUUGCUGAAACUGCCCACACCAUUAAGAAGUCAGUAGAGGAAGGAAAAAUUGAUGGCAUCAUUGAGAAGACUAUUAUUGGGGAUUUUCAGAAGGAACAGGAUAAGUUUGUACAUGAAAAGAAUGUAAAAAAGACAGACGCAGCAGUUCCUCCUUGGGUUGGAUAUAGCGAGGAGGAAACCAUUCAGCAGCAGAUCCUGGCCCUGUCCGCAGAUCGAAGAAACUUCCUCAGAGACCCCCCUGCCGGUGUCCACUUUACUUUUGACUUUGAGCAGAUGUACCCUGUCGCCCUUGUAAUGCUUCAGGAAGAUGAGCUGCUUAACCGCAUGAGAUUUGACCUUGUGCCAAAACUGGUGAAAGAAGAAGCCUUUUGGAGGAACUAUUUUUACAGGGUAUCUCUAAUAAAGCAAUCUGCACAACUAACUGCAUUGGCAGCCCAGCAAUCCACAGGCAAAUCUGAUAAGACAAAUGGCAAGCCAGGUGAUGGGGGUUUAGAAGAGACUGUCAGACCAAAGACUCCACCAGUUGCUAUAAAGAGUCAAAUGAAAACCCAGGAGGAAGAAGAAGAGAUUUCUACCAGCCCAGAAGUAUCUGAAUUUGUGAGUGAAGCAUUUGAUUCCUGCAACAUAAACCAAGAAGACCUACGGAAAGAGAUGGAACAGCUUGUGCUGGACAAAAAGGACGAGCUUGACACAGCAGAAGAGGAAUCAGAAGACUGGAUCCAGGAAUUACAACAAGUGGUUCAAGAAUAUGAAGUCGUCUCUAGCUGUGACAAAAUGAAGGAUGAAAGCUGGGACAAGGAGAUAGAGGAACUUCUCCAGGAGGAUUAAUUGUACUCUCUCUGAAUACAGGCUGACCCGAAACAUGUCUCGUCUCUGGUGUAACAUUACUACAGUCAUUCCUGCGCAAAGGCACAAUGGCCUUUACUUGCUCAAGUGACCCUGUCAACAUCUGCGUGGUAUCCUUGAUCACCACUAAAUGUAAGCGCUCAAGGAUUCUGGUUGAUGAACUCUGUCACUUGAGAAUGCAUGGCCCUAUGAGAUGCUCUCUCUGUUAUAGUUUUAUACUGUAACUAUAUUUUUUUCAGAUGGAAUCAUUUCCUGAUGUAACAAACUAAAGUGAUUUAAACUAUAUGGUGUAUGGGUUUGUAAUUUAUGCAAGAUAGUCUUUUUGCUCAUCCUAAUAUAUUCAAAAUAAGUUGUGUAGAAAAAA